CUGGCCCCGAGCCAGCUGGCCAAGAGGAAGGUGGGCGAUGAGGAGGAGGAGGAGGACUGGCAUCCCCCGACGACUCGGAAGAGGCAGAAGCCUGUCAGUGAGGCAGAGAGUGGAGAAUGUUACAGGUCGCCUUUCCGGAAACCCUUGGCUCAACUGACCAACAGACCUCACUGCUUGGAUAGCAGUCAACAUGUAAGUGGGUGUUACUGCUGGCACACCUUAGCAGGUGGGUUGCAUAUGGAGCUCAUUCAUUAAGGAAGUCCAAAUGCUUCCGUGGACCCAUUUAAUCAGAGGUAUUAUGGAAGCACCACACACAGAGAGACUUUAGGAGAGAUCUUUUGCUAGCUCCAACCAUUUAAUGUUGAAGGAAGUGUAGUGGGGGUUAUUUUCUGUAAUGGAGAUCUUGAACAAGAUUGUUUUGUGGGGCCUAGGUGAAGGGCAGUGCCCAGGGACAUAGGUAGCUUGCCACACAGAUCUCUCAAGUACUGUCUGCUUGCCCAGUUCUCUCUGGGCUUCCACUGCCUGAGACCAGGGGCUGGACUGGCUGCUUCCUGAUCCAGCAUGGAUGUUCCUACAAUGGCAGCCCAGCUCCUUUACAGGAAAUGAAUUGCCUGACUACAUUACCAAGGCAGAGGAAAGCAAUAGCAUUUAAAGAAGUGAAUAAUGCCAGUGGAUAUAAGAAGAUGAGAGUUACGAAAGAUCAAUUUCGCACAUUAGAAAACCCAAAGGAAAGUAGUUUUAAAAAGCAGAAUUGGUGGGGGGAAUUGUGCUGGUUUGUUACUUUCUUUUGGAUAUUCUUGAAAAUAGUUGGAGUUGAAGCUUGAAUAGGUCGAAUAGAUGGACUUUUGCAGCACUUGGCAAAAUUGAGUUCUCAGAAUGUCCUGGGCUUGCCUUCUUGAGCAAUCUCUGAUUUCAGACUUCUUAAGCAUGUUUUCUUUCUGAAUUCCUAGGAGGCUUUUAUCCGCAGCAUUUUGUCCAAACCCUUCAAAGUCCCCAUUCCAAAUUAUAAAGAGCUACCUGCUGUGUGCUGGCAGAGUGCUGAUAAACAACCACACUGUGUAGGUUUGCUGUCUGCACCAGUUGUGCCUGCAUCUCCACUCCAGCACCCGAUUAAUUCACUGUUCCUAAACAUAAUCGGACUCUUCUGCAAGGCUCUGCUUUUUUCCAGGAAGAGGUUGUUCUUUGAGGGGUUCCUUUGCUUUCAGGGCCGCUGGGCUUGCGUGCGCUGGGUAUCAAACGGGCAGGGCUGAGGAGUCCUCUCCAUGACCCUUUUGAGGAAGGAGCUCUGGUUCUGUACGAGCCCCCACUGCUGAGUGCCCACGACCAGCUGAAAAUAGACAAGUGAGUCAUCACCUGACACAAAUGCUUCAGCUCUGUCCUUGUUCAUGUAGGUUUAUGUGCUUUCUUCCAAAUGUGUCUGAGCUGGGGUCUAAGCAUCAAGGGAAGUUUAGUUCUGAGUGUUCUGCCUCUGAAUUGGUUCAGGUAUGGUAACAAUUGAAGAAGGAAUGUACCCGUGUUGGAUUGUUUGUGUUCUUCCACAGGCUGUUUCCCACUUAUAAGAAGUUCAAACCUUUGGCAGGGAAUGAGCGUGCACACAUGGAGAAGCUGCUUAGAAAAUCUUAUGGCUUAGUUGUUAGUCAGGAAAGAUCAGCAUCUAAGGACGAGCAAAGGGAGAUGACUGGCAGCCAAAUGUUAGGCUGCCUAAUGGUCUUUAUUCUGAAGUAGUUCCUUUUGUGCUGCAGUUGUAACUUAAAAGGCCUGUCAUCUGGAUCUUCAUGGACAGAGCAGGGGGUUCCUCUCUCUAGUAAUGCAGUUACAAUAUUGUUACUGAAACAAGGAAAAUAAUAAUGACUCUUCAGCUGUGUCUCUGAAGCACAUUCUCCCCUUCCUUUAACUACAGCCUGAAUAUAUGGUUUCACUGAUGUGUUUGACUGUAGAUCAGGCCCCUGUGACUUUAUUCUCAAAACUGAAUUAAUCCAUUUUUCACUUUCUUGUUGGCAGUUGCUUCCCUCAUGCCACUGGGGAGUCCUCAGUAUAGCAGUGAGAUUUAAGAAACCUAAACAUAUGCUGUGCCGAGUUCAUUAAUCACACUGUCUUCUUCCUCGACUGCCUCCUGCAGGGACAAAGCACCUGUCCAUGUUGUGGUGGAUCCUGUCCUCAGUCGUGUUUUACGGCCCCAUCAGAGAGAAGGAGUGAAAUUCCUCUGGGACUGUGUGACGAGUCGGCGCAUCCCCGGGAGCCAUGGCUGUAUCAUGGCAGAUGAAAUGGGACUGGGCAAAACCCUGCAGUGCAUCACACUCAUGUGGACGCUUCUCCGGCAAAGUCCAGACUGCAAGCCUGAAAUAGAGAAAGCCAUGGUGGUGUCUCCCUCCAGCCUGGUGAGAAACUGGUACAAUGAAGUAGAGAAAUGGCUGGGAGGAAGGAUCCAGCCACUGGCCAUUGAUGGAGGCUCCAAAGAAGAGAUUGACCGUAAACUAGUUGGCUUUAUGAACCAGCGUGGCCUGCGAGUGCCUUCACCCAUCCUUAUCAUCUCCUAUGAGACCUUCCGACUCCACGCUGAGGCAUUGCAGAAGGGCAGUGUUGGGCUGGUCAUAUGUGAUGAGGGCCAUAGACUGAAGAACUCUGAAAACCAAACAUACCAAGCUCUCAACAGCUUAAAUACACCUCGACGAGUCCUUAUCUCAGGCACCCCCAUUCAGAACGACCUGCUUGAAUAUUUCAGCCUGGUGCACUUUGUCAAUUCUGGCAUCCUGGGAACUGCGCAGGAAUUUAAAAGACAUUUUGAAAUUCCAAUUUUGAAAGGCAGAGAUGCGGAUGCAAGUGAAGCUGAGAGACACAAAGGAGAAGAGAGGCUUAAAGAGCUGAUCAGUAUUGUGAACAGGUGUUUAAUCCGAAGAACUUCAGACAUCCUAUCCAAAUACCUGCCGGUGAAGAUCGAGCAGGUGGUGUGCUGCAGACUGACACCUCUGCAGGCUGAGCUGUACAAGAACUUCCUGAAGCAAGCCAAGCCAGUGGAGGAGCUGAAGGAGGGCAAAAUCAGUGUGUCGUCUCUCUCUUCCAUCACUUCCUUGAAGAAGCUCUGCAAUCACCCUGCUCUUAUCCAUGAUAAGUGUGUGGAAGAGGAAGAAGGUUUUAUGGGAGCCCUGGACUUGUUCCCUGCUGGCUACAGCACCAAAUCUUUGGAGCCCCAGCUUUCAGGAAAGAUGCUGGUUUUGGACUACAUCCUUGCCGUUACAAAAAGCACCAGUAAUGAUAAGGUGGUUUUAGUGUCUAACUACACUCAAACACUGGACCUAUUUGAGAAGCUCUGCAGGAGCAGAAGGUAUUUAUAUGUCCGGCUGGAUGGCACUAUGUCCAUUAAAAAGAGAGCAAAAGUCGUGGAGCGAUUCAACAGCGCCUCGAGCCCUGAGUUUAUCUUCAUGCUAAGCAGCAAAGCAGGUGGCUGUGGUUUGAAUUUGAUCGGGGCUAACAGACUGGUUAUGUUCGACCCAGACUGGAAUCCAGCUAAUGAUGAGCAGGCCAUGGCUCGUGUGUGGCGGGAUGGCCAAAAGAAGACAUGCUACAUCUAUCGGCUGCUUUCGACGGGGACCAUAGAGGAGAAGAUAUUCCAACGCCAGACCCACAAGAAGGCCCUCAGCAGCUGCGUGGUGGAUGAGGAGCAGGAUGUAGAAAGGCACUUCUCACUUGGGGAGCUGAAGGAGCUCUUCACGUUGAAUGAGUCCACCACCAGUGACACCCAUGACAAGAUCAAGUGUCGUCGCUGUGUGAACGGCCACCAGGUCCGGCCCCCUCCUGAAGGGUCUGACUGCACCUCUGACCUCUCCCAGUGGCACCACUGUGCUGACAAGCGGGGGCUGCAGGACUCUGUGCUGAAGGCUGCGUGGGAUGCUGCUGUCACCUUCACUUUCCAUCAUCACUCCCAUGAGGAGCAGCGAGGGAUCCUUUAACAGGAGAUUACUGUCCCCUGUGGGGGCAAGGGCAGGCUGCUGUGGCAGUCCACCCCACUUUAAUCCCUUUCAAGGAAAGGGGCAGCGGGUAGCAGUACAUGCUAGACUGUUGUGCCCAGAAUGGCGUGGUUUCUGAGAGGCUGGAAGGCCCUCAGCGUUGUUGUCUACUGCAACAGCAAGGAGUCAGUGGCUUUUCUCUGCUGUGGUAUUGUGUGCCUGGAAACAGCCCUUUGGGAACUGGGAAUAACUGGACCUUGUGUGCUUGAUCAGGUUCAGCACUGGUUCUCAAACUGUUGCUGUCUGUGCCUUCUACUCAGCCAAGUUUUGUCUUCAGGUUUAAGCCUGGAGUUUUAUAGUACUUGAUGUGCAGAGUCAUGCUUUUUUCCUUGACAGCAUGGCUUAGAGCUGCUGAUCAGAAACUUGCAGGAUCCAUUUCUGUUGUGAAAUGUGAACCUUGCUGAUUACUCAGGAACAAGAGGAUUUGUACACGGGGAAACAAUUU